AUGCUACAUCAAACAGGGAGGUUUGCCAUCUCAAUACGAUUACACUCGUCUUUAGCAGACAAAUUACGCGCUGUGGCUUCCGGAGAUAUCUCAGAUAGAAAAGCCAGUAGCGACAAGAGUAGGAGGGAUGAAGCAGGCGAAGUUCUGGGUUCGUCGUUCAACGAAAUGUUUGUUAUGCCAAAGCGGAAGCUUCGCGGACAACUGCUGAUAGAACAGGCUACUGGACGUGUGAACUUAGAAAAGCGUAGUCGUCCCGACAUACAUGAUCGUCUUGCUGUUCGAAGGCCAAGAAGUGAGGAAAUGUCCACUGAUCAAGAUUGGACAGCAGUUUGGCCUGCAGCACGAUCAUUCGCCUCAUCAGUGGUACCUCUGCCAGUGCGAAUGGGGUUUCGACCUGAUGCUGAGAGACGAGCUCCAUUCAAGAAAGAAGGUAACCUUGAAUUGGUGAAGAUUCCCAACUUUCUUCAUCUCACCCCUGCAGCCAUAGAAAAGCAUUGCAAUGCAAUCAGAAAGUUCUGCACUAAAUUUCCAUCAGAAUUGAUAUCAAACCAAAGCCUGGCGAGUUCCGAAUUCCCUCUGCGAAUAAGCUACAACACUUACGUUCAUCAAGGUGUUAACAUCCGAGAUCACCGUUCGCGAGUGGUCACGCUACAGGUGAAGCUGUCAGCCCUCCCUUUGUCUCCUGAAGCUAGAGAGAAAUUAAUUCGCCUUGCAACGAGUCGCUACGAUGAGAAAACAGACCUAUUGACUAUAAUCACAGAUAGGUGCCAUACAAGAAAACAAAAUCUAGAUUAUGCUUUCUACCUGCUCACCGCAAUUUUCCACGAAGCUAAUAAAGUAGAGCCAUGGGAAGCUUUCAAGGAAAGGGCUGAUAACCUCAAAGUUGAAUUUGAAGGUUCGGAAAGCCAGAAGAAAUUGAUAGCGGUGCUAAAGCAGAUAAUAUCAAGUAAUACUCUUGAUUCACCUCUGAGUAGUGUAAAUUCCCCUUCUGAAGACCAAAUUAACAGUAAUCCAAGUGUGAGAGAGUUUGCGCAAAUGUGGAAUAAGUACGUCAAUAAUGAAGAAACCCCAGAAUCAACAAGAGAGUACGCAAAGAGCAUAAGGCUUCUCCUCGGAAUCAAAUUUCCCACAGAACAUCGAGCGUGA